AUGGGCGUGGGAGGCUGCCCGCUUGAUGCGAUCCAUGGAGAAGGAUUUUCACAAGAUAGCGGGUGGCACUGCUCUGCAGUUGCAGUACCCACCGGCGGCUCCGGCUCCUACUAUAUGGCCUCAGCAUUAGAUAUAUACAAAAUAUGCACAAUAUAUAUUGAAAUGAUUGAAAGAAUGGCAAUCCAGAAACAAAAAAGCGCUUCACGACUAGCGGCCACUGUGCAAAGAGGAGUAGAUAUUAUCUCGACUAGCGACGAGCCACAGUUUCACAGAGAACUGAGGAAGAAGCCAGCGCAGAAGAAACCAGUGCAGGGGCCGGCUCAGAAGAAAAGAAUAGGAGCCACCACUUUUCGAGCUGCGGAGAGCGAGGAGGAAGAAGAUGAAGAUGAAGAGGAAGAGGAGCGUUCGCCUUUUAGUAGCGGCUCCGACAACUCCGCCGAUUAUCCCAAGUAUAAGAUGGAUCCAAGAGAGAGAGAAGACGAUUACGAGGAGGAUGACGACGAGGACCUUUUUGAUGACUGA